UAAUGUAAUAGAAAAGUUGUUUUCUGAUAAUUUCGGUGUAAAUCUAUCCCAAAAUUACGUCUGGAGCCUGUGGGUCUCGAGUUAGUCACCCUUGAAUUUAGUGAAAAACAUGCAAAGACCACAGGGCAAAGACUGCAUGGCAAUUUUCCCCCGUACGUUUUAUUUUAAUGGUUGAGAAAAACAUUUCCCCUAAACAAUUACUCCGGUAAUGAGUCAGAACGAACGCCAAAUUGCGAGCUGCUAAAAGUCAGUGGCGACAGAUUAAAAAGAUUAUUCAUGCAAAGCAUUCAUGGGCAGGUCAGUGGUCAUCGUUCCCUUUUUCACCCCAUUGUAAAAACCAUUGUUAAAUCCCCUCUAAAUUCCUUCUACUCAUACGACCAAUGGGGUUCUAAUAUUUCGUUUCUGGGGGUGAUUUAUUCGCUAUAAAAAUCCGGCAGAGCCGCCUACAGGAGAACACUCGAGAAGUUCGUUUAAAUCCCAACGGUCAUUUUCGGUUACUGUGGUGUUUUGUUGACAGUUUAAAUGGAUCGCGGAUGCUAUUUCCCUGUGAUAUAAAAGCAAACUUUAUAAAGGCAAUAAUUGGAGAGUUCUCAAUUUCACAAGCUAAAUAAUCGACCCUUCAUCAGGAAAUCUUAAAAUAUUUUAUUAAUUCUACCUAAUCACGACGAAUACCUGCAUUAGAAGAUCGGCAAAAACGUCUGCAUAAAGUGAACACCAAUUUGCAAACGAUUCAUGGAGUUGAGAAUGUUGAAUUAAAAUCAACGUAUACCACUGCCUGUAACAUUUCUACUGUUAUCUCUAACUAAAUAGCUAAAGGAAACAAGGUGGUGCUUUUGUAGGACUAUCACAUAUUUUAUUAACAAAUCACUCACCGUACCAUGUCCCACUUGAAAUAUAUGAAAGAGUUGAACAGUUUGACCCGCAUGGAUGAAGCAAUAAAAGGUCCUGUUCCGAGGUGGCAGAAAAAACGUCUUGAAGCUUCAAACGCAAGCAUAAACAUGAGUCUCAAUUCUUCACGGAAAGUUAUGAGUGGAUCAUUCAUCAAUACCACAGGCACCAGUAAAACUCCUACUAAAUGGGUUGAUUCACGUGGCAAGAAAACACCAGCAAAAACAUGCAAAAAAUCUCCGAGUCGCUCAUCAACAACUCCUGCAAAGACACCUAAUGGAGGUGAUAGAUUCAUUCCUUCGCGGUCGACAACCAACUUUGAUCUGGGCCAUUAUAAGCUUCAGCAACAAAAUGCUGACGAUGCGGACAAAGUGGAGGCACUCAGCCCUUCAAAAAGGGAAAUGCAGCGCCUAAUAGGAGAGAAUUUACAUGGAGGUGAUAUAAAUAACAUGAGGGUUCUUUCCUACCAAAACAAAGCUCCUGCGCCACCGGAAGGUUACCAAAAUCCACUCAGAGUAGUCUAUAGUCAGACAAAGACACCUGCCAGUGUCAAAGCUUCGACAAGAUACAUUCCUCAAGCCCCAGACAGAAUUUUGGAUGCACCUGAAAUCGUCGACGACUUUUAUCUCAAUCCUAUUGACUGGUCUUCCUCAAACCUGUUGGCUGUAGCGUUAGGACCAAAUGUAUAUCUAUGGAAUGCAGGCACAGGGACUAUAGAACGUCUUCUAGAAUUAGAAGGAUCGGAUUACGUUUGCUCAGUAGGAUGGAUACAAGAAGGACCAUUCCUUGCUGUAGGAACAACUACUGGAAAUACGGAACUUUGGGAUUGCAGUCAAAUGAAGAGGGUCCGAGUGAUGAAUGGACACGCAUCUCGAGUUGGUUCCCUAGCCUGGAAUUCUCACAUAUUAUCCAGCGGAAGCAGGACUGGACAAAUCGUCCACCACGAUGUCAGACAGCGAGAUCACAUGAUUGCUACCAUAAAUGCACACAAUCAAGAAGUCUGCGGUUUGAAAUGGUCUCCGGAUGGGAAGUACUUAGCUAGCGGAGCUAAUGAUAAUAUGCUGAUGAUUUGGUCCGCUGUUACCGGCCAAAGUCAUUCUCAUACCCAGCCAAUUUAUUCCCUGAAUCAGCACCAAGCUGCGAUCAAGGCGCUAGCUUGGUGUCCUUGGCAACACAAUAUUUUGGCCAGUGGCGGUGGGACUGCGGACCGAACAAUACGUUUCUGGAAUUGUAAUACAGGAGCUUGUCUGAAUACAAUUGAUACAAAAUCUCAAGUCUGCUCGUUGUUGUGGUCGACGACGUACAAGGAAAUAGUAUCUGGACAUGGCUAUGCGCAAAAUCAAUUGACAAUAUGGAAAUACCCAGGUAUGACUAAAGUGGCAGAAUUGACAGGCCACUCUAGCAGAGUGUUGCAUUUGGCAAUGUCACCCGAUGGUACGACAGUCCUCAGCGCAGGAGCCGACGAAACUUUGAGACUAUGGAAAUGUUUCCAGCCUGAUCCCCACAAGAAAAAAGAGGUAACUGAAGUCAAAUCUGUAGCAUCUAGACUUAAACAAUCUAUCCGAUAAAAUCUGGUUGCCCCGGAUUAUAUCGUAUUUAGAAUGAAUUGACUUUUUUAAUUUAUUUUAUUUUUUUUAAUUCGUGCGAUCGUACAUGUUUAUGUAUAAAUAAGUGCCUACUGUACUUUAGCUUGUAGCGGCGGAGAUUAAUUUUAGAGAAUAAAGACUUCUACAAUUUUUAUUCAAUGUCGGCGAGUCAUAAUGACAACAGUAAUGUUCAAGAUCGCAGUAUUCUCAAUCGGUUGUUUCUAUUUCACUUUAUUAUACGUAUGAAUUUCAAUCGACUAUGUGCUCUAUGCCGUAACUCAUAAGUGUUUCUGUACAUUGACUUGGCGCUUUAACAUGGCUAUUACGAUAUAGGUAGUCCUUUUAAUGUUGUUUAACGUACCUUCAACCGAAGGAUUUAAGUACAAAAUAAGUAUUUUUUUAUGCUGUUAUCUACGUUUUGACUAUAAAAUAAUUACUAUCCUUCAUUUGUUACCGUGUUCACAUCAUAGUUACUACUUAAUUAUGAAAAAUAACACGAGCUUGUCAGUAGUCUUUGGAUCAAGCUCGAGAUUUUUCAUCAAUCCUAGUGUUUUGACGAUGACAGUACGAUUCGUACACCUAAAAAUUAAACGAAAAAAUGUUGCCACAAUCGUUUAUGCCAGUAAUUAUAGCUUUUUAUUAUCGUUGAUCUAAAUUUAUUAACAUCACUGACGACGACUGGUCCAUCCGGCUAUAAGUAGCGGAUAUAUUUCCAAAUUGUGUUUUAGUUCACUGGAAUUAUCAAUGGGUAUUGAAAAUCAUGUUCGUAGGGGUAAAUAGGAUAAGUGAGAACUAUUAAUAAAAUUCAAUUGAAUUCCUGAUACGAAAAUUAAGUUUUUAAUUUCACCUGUCAAGUUGUACACGUAUUGUUGCAUGCUCAGAUAUGUCUGCAUAGGUAAUCGGAGAAA